AUGGCUGGUAAUCCGCAAAGCCGCCCGAUCAAUCCAUUCCCACUCUCCGCGACCAACAGAGUUGGUAUCAGCGGAUCAGAGUGGAGUGACCAUCUGGAGGAAUGGCUCUAUGGUCACCAGGCAUUCAAACCUGGAUCAUACCUCCCAGAUGGUCAGCCAGCUCACGGUAGAUUACGAUAUAUCUGGUUGCAGAUACUGGAUGUUACUCGAAUUAUCAUGGAUGACCGAACAUGCGACAAUCCCACGGGCCUAUAUGGCAAUCUUGGGCCCGUCCGAAAAAGUCUCAGAGCUGCCGUCAAGAAGGCCGGGCCGAUCACGAAAGCUGUUUGUAUGGGAUUGGGCCCAAUCCGUUAUCGAAGUCUGUUCAACUACAACUUUGACUACGUCCAGCAAUGUGGUGUCUUUUUUGCUCUAUGCCAGAUGAUCGAGGAGAAGCAAGAUAUGCAGCUGGGAACGCUUCCAGUCUUCUUCCAGGAACCGGCCUUCGAGCUCGAGGACCGAUGGAUCCUUGAGCGAAUUGGUCGCCAGACUAUCGUUAGGGUCCCUGCAGCGAACGACCUCAUGAACGUACAAUCGUUCGUCUAUGCGCCCCACUUUCCAAGCAAUUUGCUGUUCAACACGAUCUGCAGACCAGGUUUUGAACCAGAACUUUUGUUCACAAACACUUUCCAUACAGGGGACCUAGGUUCCGUUGGUUACGCUAUCACCGACAUUUACCUCAGUAAGGUAUACUGGACUCGAGACUCGACUGUCAACCAAGAAGCAAUCGACAUGUACGAUGCGGCAAAACGUUUCCUUCAAACUCACGAGGGAACAGUUUACUGGGGCGUGUACGUCUUGGAGGAGAACAAUCAGCCACUGGCAAAGCUCUUGAGAGCAGCUUUCUCUUCUUCCUCCUUUUACGUGCGUAGACACGGUGCAGUAUCCCAGAGCGACUCCAAGCGUCCUGUCAAGACUUUGGAAGCAAAGGUGCUUCUGCCAAACCUCUGGUCUUGUCUCCCGAAGCUCCUAUCGCUCGAUUUCGACCAGACCCUGGAUUUGACGCUAAGGUCGCGCACUGCGAAGAGAUAA